AUGUUAUCUUCAACUUUAUGUAAUAUUAUUUUAUUAUGUAUUUUAAUCAAUUUAAUUUUUGAUAAUGGAACUAUUAUAAAUGAUGAUUCAUUUAACAAUAAAAAAAAUGAUUCAGAAAUAAUUAUUAUUAUCAAUCAUUUAAAAAGAAAACUUGGAAUACAAAAGAAUGAUAGUGUAAUAGAUACAAAACACUUUUAUAAUACAAUAAUAAAUGGAAAACAUUUUGGUGAAAGUUAUCAUAAAUCUGAAAAAAUAAAAAAAUACUUUGAAAAAACAGGAAUACUAUUACAUGAGGAUUCAUUUAUGAUUGAUAAAAGUAAAGAUAAUAAGCAAAUUGUUUUAAUAGGAAAAAGAUCACCUUAUGAAAAAGAUAAUGAUAUUUUGACUCAUUUUGAAUUCAACAAAAACAUUUUUAAAAAUAUUUUUAUUGAUGGAUUUUUUAUUUUAAAUUUAAAAAAUGUUAAGAUUAAUAAAAAUACUAGUCAAAAAAGUUAUCUCCAAAUUUAUAGAAAAUAUUAUGACGAAGAUAAUGAAGAUGAAAUAAUUUUAAAUUAUAAUUUAGAUAACUUUAAUAGUGAAAUAAAUAAAAAUCACAAAAUAUAUAUUCAAAAAGAUAUUUUAAAAAAAUUAAUCAAUGAAAAGUUAUCAGAUUUUACAGUUUAUUCUAAAAUUGUUUCACAAAAUGAUGGUAAUAUUAGUAUUUUAGAUAUAAAAUUACCUUUUACAAUUGUAACUUUACAUCUUAUAAUUGAUCAGAGUAAUGAGAGAAAAAGGCGUUCACAAUCUGAGGAAUGUAAUUCACAAGAAAAUGUGAAAUCAUGUUGUAUAAUUGAUAAAUAUAUAAAUUUACAUUCAUUUGGUCAAUUGAAAAAUAUUGCUUUUCCAGCUGUUAUAAAUGUAAAACAAUGUAAAGGAAAUUGUAUUCUUAAUGAUUAUCAAUCCAAAAAUUCAUAUUUUAUGGAUAAUUUUUUCAACAAAACAUUUGAAAGAACAAAAUGUUGCCGUCCAACAAAAUUUGAAACAAUAAAUUUUGUCUUAAAGAAAGAUAACUUAACAGCUCUUGAAUUAUCAGUUGAUGAUUUAAUUGUCAAAGAAUGUGAAUGUUAUUAA